CGGCUCUCCGGACUCCACAAAGCAAGCGUUUCAAGUCGCAACACACAGAAGUAGACAACGCGACCCCUCCCUUCGCCAUGAUCGUCACGCCCAACCUCCUCGCGCCGAAGCUAAACUCCUAAAGCCCAACGAUGAAUUCGAGGACACACAGCCCGUGACAUGACUCGUUUGGUCAUGCCAGCUGCUUCGUCUCCACGCCUUAUAAACCCCCCAGGGAUGCAAUGCAACCUCAGACACCAGCACACACGACACGACAACCUAAUUAACGAAGCUUGCUAGCAGCUAGCCAUGGCGGAGAGGGAGGGAGCGGUGGUGAAGAAGGGGCAUGAGGAGGGCCUGAAGCUGGCGGCGUCGCUGCUGGAGGAGUUCGGGCUGCCCCUGGGCCUGCUGCCGCUGGCGGACGUGAUCGAGGUCGGCUUCGUGCGGGCCACCGGCUACAUGUGGAUCGCGCAGCAGAAGAAGGUGGAGCACCGCUUCAAGAUAGUGAGCAAGCAGGUGAGCUAUGACGUGGAGAUCACCGGCUACGUCAAGCCCAAGUGCAUCAAGAAGCUCAAGGGCGUCAAGGCCAAGGAGCUCAUGCUGUGGCCGCCGGUCAACGAGAUCACCGUCGACGACCCGCCCACCGGCAAGAUCGUCUUCAGGAGCCUCGCCGGCGUCACCAAGACCUUCCCCGUCGAGGCCUUCGCCGCGGGCCAGUAGGCGCGCCCGGGCCGCAGCAUUUCCGUAUUUAUACCGCGGCUUUGGCUUCGUUGAAGACUACUACUACUACCUGGCGCCGGGGUACUGGCUACUGAAGCGGCUGCAUUCGUUUAAUUUCGCGAGUUUGAUGUUCUCAAGGCUACGACCAAGCCUUGUACUAUCGUAUCGUUACAAGUGUGUCAGUGUCAGCGUUGUACUUUCAACCGUGCUUAUAAACGGGUUUGGUGGAUUCUACUUC